AUGAAAUUUGAUAUGAAGGGAAAUAUCUGUAAUGAACAUAAUAGAAACGCAAUUGUAGUUGCUGAUAGUUUAAAUUUAGAAAGAGAAAAACGAAUUUUGUGUGAUAUCUGCGUACAAACUAAGAGUCUGAAAGUCUCUGGAGUAGACUUGGUAAGAGUUAAGAUUGAAAACAAAUUAAAAGCAAAUCGAGAAAAAUUAUAUUAGAGAAUAAAUUAUACUUUGACUAAAUUUAAGGAAUUGAAGGGAAAAUAGGAAGAAUUUAAGUAAAAUAUUAUGUAAUAGCUUGAUACAAUAUAUAAUAUUUUGGAUGAAUGGGAUUCUUAUUUUACUAAAAUGAAAAAUCAAAUAUUAGAGUAUAGCCUAAUUGAUGAGGUUGACAAAAUUGCAAAGGAAUAGGACAGUAAAUAUGAAUAGGAGCUUUUUCAUAAAAUAAUUUCGGAUAAUAAAUCAUUUGAAACAAAACUUAGCGAUUAGUUUUCAAAAGCAUCUAAUUUUAAUAAUAUACAAGAAAUAUUAAAGGACAUUGUAAAUAUAGAUCAUUCUGGUUGUUGUAAUAAAGAAAAAAAAAAAAUAAUAAAUUAAUAAUCAAAAGUUAGCUUUAAUACCAUUGGGGGUUUAGAGGAAUAAAAGGAGUAAUGUAAUGCAGUGGCUUUUAAUAAUUAAGGAUCAAUUAUGAUAUCUACUUUAGAUAAAUAAAUAAAAGUAUGGAAAUUUAAUGAUGGAAUUCUUAAGUUAGAGUAAACUUUAAUUGGUCACGAAGAUUCUGUGUAGUGCUUAUUUUUCCUAAAGUUGAAAAAUUCUUUUAUUUCCAGUUCGAAGAAUGAUAUUAAAAUCUGGUUUCUUGACUCCCAAUAAUGGACUUGUUUACAAACUAUUUAAGCCAGUGUAACCUGCAUUACUACAGAUCUAAAGGAUAAAUAAAUUUUCUUUGGAAGAACAGAUAAUUCAAUAGAAGUUUGGAAGUUCAAUGAAUAGAAUCUAUUAAGCGAUAAAUAUGACUUAAAAAAGCAUGAUCAAUAAGUAAGUUCGUUGAGCCUCAAUGAAUUGGAAACCAUUUUAGUAUCUUGUGCAAAAGUUAGUGAAAAAUAGAGUCUAGAGGACUAUGAACAAAUUAUAGUUUGGGAAAAAAAUAUGAAUAAUCAAUUUAUAUUCAAACACUUUGUUAAAUAGCCCCAUAGACUAGAGGGACCAUAACAUCUACUUAUUAAUGGAAACAACAUUUUCCUCAUAUGUGAGAAUAUUAAUUAGGCCUUUCUGUUUUUAAAUUUAGAAGUCCUCGUUGUCGAAUUUGUUUAGUUAGAAUUCAAAGAUUCGCCUGAACGUUUAUUUCCAAUUUUAUACAAUAAAGAUAAAAAGCUGUUAUAUUUCAAGUUUAAAUCCUAUAUUUAUAUACUUACUAGUAAUUUAAAAACAUAAUCUAUUUUGCAUUCUUCAGGUUUAAUUUAAGGUGCUUUCACGAAUGAUGGGUAAUACUUAGUUUUUUGGGAUGAGUAACAUAAAGGGUAUCAAACAUUUUAGAUUUCUUACCAUUGA